AUGCCUCACCUUGGUACCGCACAAGGUAAUCCGAAGCCCUUACCUACCUUGGCGCUUUCAAUCUUCACUUUCGCCUACCCCAAGGUUUUUCAUUCAUCCUUGCCGUCCUUCAUCCACAAUUUUGCUCAGCUUUUCGUUGUACAACUGAGUUUCAUCGCGAACCCGUCGAUUUUGUCUCUCAAAUUCAACAGGGAGGAUAUGGACAUUCUCCCCGAACACGAGAAGAAUUACUCGCCAGGACGACGACUUCUUCUCCGAUCACACAGACCGCUUCCGCCCUACGGCGAUCAUCACUACCCGCUUCCGGAUGGCUGGAAUUCUCGCGACAUGAUGGUAUCCGAUGAAGAGAAGGCCUUUUCGCUCAGACGACUGGUUUUCCACCCGAACAAUGCGCCCAAGACCAUUGACAAGAACAACCAAGAUGGCCAUGCUGCUUCCAUGGAGGUCGAGAUCAUUCGGAUGAUUGACGGCAGUGCUGGAUACCAUCCUGGUCCCCAAAAAGUGCUUUGCAAAGUUGUCGCUUCGCCAUCGGCCGCCCCAAAUGAGCGAGAGCAUGAGAUCCCGUCUGAGGGACAGCUACUCUUCCUGAAGGUGUUCGAUCCCUUGUUCUGGCACAAGACCAUCGACAUCACCAAGCGCCUCAUCAAAGUCACAAUCCAGGCCGACUCAGCAUUCAGUGACGAAUUCGGCGCCUACAACCGCCUCUUUGAAAAGGAGCUCACUGGCUUCCCCCAUGUCGCUCCUCAAUUCUAUGGAGGAUGGAUCACGGAAGUCAAGUCGAUCAACCCAUCGUUCGUAGACCGGACCCGGGAUGUUGCGGUGCUUGCAACCGAAUUUAUCGAUGGCACCGGCCUCGACCAACUCUUUGCACUUGAUGGCCCCAAGUAUGAGGUGGUUGAGCUAUACAACAGCGCCGAGUCACGCGAUGCUUUCACCACAGAUCUCGAUACAAGAAUGGAUACUAUAAAGCAGCUCAUGGACGGUACUAUGUCGGAAGAGUACAUUGGAGUUGAUCAUUGCCGUUUUCACUCUAGCAAUGUUAUAAUUUCCAUGCGAAACCUCGGUGAGCCGCUGGAGAAACCCAGGGCUGUUCUGAUUGGCUAUGGGCAGGCGUUGGUCGAUGAUUUGCGCAGGGAGCCUGCUGACACGUACAAGAACUAUCCAACAAAGCCCCAUCCGUUCCUUCGAUUCGGCUGGCAGAGACUGGAGUCUUUCGCAGGCUGGAUCCCUGCCCAUUGGAAAGGUCCGAACAUCAACCGCCCGCGUUUGCUCGACCAAUGGGUCGUUCAAACAUUUGGUCCUUUGACGCCCAAUGAAGAAUAUACCUUUCUUGCUCACCUGGAAACGGUUGCCCCGACGGUCGCGACUACUUCUGACCCCUCGGUAAAGUCCGUGGACUCCGACAAUGCCCAUGUCUCAACAACGCUUCCUACCGAGGAAGAUCACAAUGAGAACAUUCCCAGCCCGGACGACAAAGACGAAGCAGCCGGUCCUUCUUCUGACGACUCCCACCCUAUGCCGCAGUCUCUACUGUUGGCUGGAAUAUCUGGCGAGCGCGACUCUUACACUGAGUCGCAAGAUUCGAGGCCCACUAAUCAGGACAUUGACUCUUUAACAACUGAUUUGGAGAGUCUGACACUCGAGGACAAAUCGGACAACAUUUUCUAG